AUGACUCAGAACUACCAGCAUAUCUUGGCCUUGGUCUUUGCAAUAAAGGAAAUCAAUGAAGAUCCCCAGAUCUUACACAAUUUCACUAUAGGAUUCCAUGUCUAUGAUACACUUAUGAAUACCAGGUGGGCCUUUCGUUCUGCAAUGCAACUUAUUUCUCCAAAAGAGCAAUUUCUUCCCAAUUACCAUUGUGAUAAUAAAGACAAUCUUCUUGCAAUUAUUGAAGGACUUGGCAUUGAAUCUUCCUAUCAGAUCCCAAAUAUUUUUAGCCUCUAUAAGAUUCCGCAGCUGCUCUAUUUUCUGAAGCAAGUGUCUUUCAACAAUAACAUAGGGGAAAUGGUUUCCUUUGACCAGAAUGGUGUACUUCUAACAACAUUUGAUGUUAUAAACUGGGUUUUGUUUCCAAAUGAGUCUUUAAUUGGAGUAAAAGUUGGAAUGAUCAACUCACAAGUAACAAGAGACCACAAAUUGAUGAUGAACAAAAAUUCCAUUGUUUGGCAUAGCUGGUUUAAUGAGGUGCAACCUCUCUCAAUCUGUAGUAACAAGUGCCAACCAGGUUACAGCAAACAAAAGAAAGAAGGGGAGUCAUUCUGCUGCUAUGAUUGCAUUCCCUGUCCAGAAGACAAGAUUUCUGAGUGGGAAGAUAUGCCUGACUGUGUUGAGUGCAAACAAGAUCUUUACCCAAACAAUCAUCAGAAUGCCUGCAUUCCUAAAAUUGUAAUCUUUUUAUCCUAUAAUGAACCUAUGGGAAUGGGUUUAACCAUUGGGGCUCUUUUUCUUUCACUAAUAACUAUUGGCAUUUUAAAAACAUUUAGAACUCAUCACAAUACUCCCAUCGUCAAAGCUAAUAACCGGGAUCUCACAUAUAUUCUUCUUGCCUCCCUUCUUCUCUGCUUCCUCUGUACUUUGUUUUUUAUUGGGCAGCCUCAGAAGAUCAUGUGUGUCCUGCAACAAGCAGUUUUUGGCAUUGUCUUCUCAGUGGCUGUUUCUUCAGUAUUGGCCAAAACCAUCACUGUGGUUCUGGCAUUUAUGACCACCCAACCAGGGACAAAGAAAACUAGGGGGAUGGGGAAAGGACUGUCCAGUUUCAUUGUCAUUUCUUGUUCUCUUAUUCAAGUUGGCAUUUGUACUGUGUGGCUGUCAACCAGCCCCCCAUUCCUGGAUGCUGAUAUGCAUUCAGGAAUGGGUGAAAUUACUCUGCAGUGUAAUGAGGGAUCCCCUGUCAUGUUUUACAGUAUGAUUGGGUACAUGAGCUUUUUAGCCAUUGCCAGCUUUAUAGUUGCUUUCUUUGCCAGGAAUUUACCUGACAGUUUCAAUGAAGCCAAAUCUAUUACAUUCAGCAUGUUAGUGUUCUGCACUGUAUGGCUGUCAUUUGUCCCAACUUACCUGAGCACCAAAGGAAAAUACAUGGUUGCUGUGGAGAUUUUCUCUAUUUUAGCUUCCAGUGCUGGAUUGCUGAGUUUUAUAUUUUUUCCCAAAUGGUACAUCAUUGUUGUGAGGCCUGAACUGAACAACCGGGAUCAGCUUAAAUGGAGAAAGCACUGA